AUGGGCCGUCGCCAUCGCAACCCUCUUUUCAACCCUCUCCAAUAUGCGACGCCGCAACUACCCACUGGCCCUCCGGUGUCAUGGGCCGCAGCUCAACGUGAACUCGUCGGCUAUGACUACGUGAUCGUUGGAGCAGGUGCAGCAGGUUGUGUCCUCGCGAGCAAACUCUCUGAGGAUAAGAAUGUUUCGGUACUGGUCCUCGAAGCCGGCGGCGACAACACUAAAGUAUUCGAAACGAAAGUGCCCUUGCUUUUUUCCAAGCUGUUUCACACACCGCAUGACUGGGAUUACUACACUGUCGAGCAGCCUAAACUCGCUUCCCGUAGCCUGUACUGGCCUCGGGGGCGAAUCAUUGGGGGAUCAAGCUCCAUGAACGCCAUGAUGUACCAUCAUUGCGCGAAAUCUGACUUUGACGAAUGGGCUUCAAAGUACGGUUGUUCCGGCUGGAGCUAUGAUGACCUAGCACCCUACUUCCGAAGUAUGGAACGAUUUACUGCCCAUCCAGAUCAUGCCAUUGACACCCAGCAUCGGGGCAGCUCCGGGAAUUGGGAGACAGGUUAUUCGUCGCUGACGAAGAUUGUGGAAGAGGGUUUCCUACGGGGCUGUCAAGAUGCAAAGAUCCCUGCCGUUGCAGAUGUCAAUACGCCUCAGGGCACCCUCGGUUCAACGAGAUUUCAAACCUUCAUCGAUCCUAAAGGACAGCGCUCAUCUCUCGCCACGGCCUUCCUCUCCCCGGAUGUCUUACAGAGACAGAAUUUGUUCGUCGCAUGCCAUGCUUAUGUCACAAGAGUACUAUUCGAUUGUCUCACCACCAAAGAACCAAGGGCAAUUGGCGUCGAAUUUCAGACUCAACGUGGUGGUCAACGUUUCCAGAUUCAUGCACGACGGGAAGUCAUUCUCUGUGGGGGGGCAGUCAAUACGCCGCAGACAUUGUUGCUAAGCGGGAUUGGUCCGGCGGACGAGUUGAAGAAUCAUAAAAUCCCUAUCGUCCAAGAUAAUGAAACGGUCGGCCGACAUCUUAAAGAUCAUCUCUGCACGUCGCCUAUCUUGGCCAAGGCAAAGCCUGGCACCACGCUCGAUUACUUGAACAACGAUCUUAAAGCCCUUCCCGCACUAGCUCGCUGGAUGCUUACUGGUGGCGGCCCACUAGCAAGCAACAUUGGCGAGGCGGCUGCGUUUAUCCGGUCCUCUGACUACCACUUUCCUCAGACUGUGCAAGCUCCUAGAGACCAUACGUCUGGCGACGUCGGUCCUGACCUGGAGAUCAUCGGCGCCCCUAUUGCUUUCAUCCACCAUGGCGCGGAGAAGGCAAUUGAUGGUAGCAAUGUCUUUACCCUUAUUCCGAUUGCUCUUCGGCCGCAGAGCCAAGGUACAGUCACUCUUCGGAGUAGAGAUGUAUUUGAUGCGCCAAUCAUCGAUCCGAAUUACCUAAGCGACGACGGAGACAAUGACCGGAAGGUUCUUUUGGUUGGCAUUCGUGUCUGUCUCCAAAUUAUCAAGAGUGCAGCGUUUAAGAAAUUCCUUGAACCCAUCCCUGUGAAUGACAAUCCAACUUCAUACUGGUGGCCCUUUUCAAGCAGCAAUAUUGAGAACAUCACCGAUGAGCAGCUCGUUCGAUUCAUGGAUGAGAAGGCCUUCACUCUGUAUCACCCUGUUGGCUCGGCACGUAUGGGCCCAUCACCUUCGACAAGCGUGGUCGACUCAGAAUGCCGGGUCCAUGGCGUCAAGAGUCUCCGUGUGAUGGAUGCAAGUGUGUUCCCAGAACAGAUCAGUGGGCAUCCAACUGCGCCUAUUGCUGCAAUGGCCGCCAAGCUAAGUGAUAUGAUCAAAGAACGCAACAGGGCCGCGAGCCUGGUUAAUGCGAGCCUGUGA